AUGACAGUCACAGACGGUAACGUGAUUCGUUUCCACCUCCAGGUUCUUCACGGCAUCACCGUGAAGAGCUUAGAGAAGAGGAAGGAGAGGCUGUUCAUCGGAGGGGUGAAGAUCUUCGGUGUUCCUCUGGAGAACCUACCCAGGACAUACAUGCCUGAGUUUGGACUCGUGCCCUGUUUUCUGGUGGAUGCCUGCUCGUUUCUCCUGGAGCGAGCUGGGACUGUGGGCCUGUUCAGGAAACCAGGCUCUCUUCCUCGCAUCAAGACCCUCAGGGCCAAGCUGAACAGAGCGGAGGACUGUGUGACCACCGCUCUGCCCUACGACGUGGCCACGCUCGUCAAACAGUUCUGCAGGGAGCUGCCGGAGCCUCUGUUCCCCCCCGAGCUCCACGCCGCCCUGCUCAAGGCCCAGUCGCUGUCCGGGGUGCAGGACAGGACGUCCGCCCUCCAGCUGCUGUCCUGUCUGCUCCCUGCCAGGAACUCCUCCUGUCUGCAUUACCUCCUCCACUUCCUCUCGGGGGUCUCCCAGAGAUCCUCUGAGAACCUGAUGACCAGCUCCAACAUCGCCACAGUCUUUGUCCCGUGUCUUCUGCCCCCGCCCAACAAGACGGAGAUGUCUGAAAGUCGACUGGAGCUGCGAGUUCUCAUCCUGCGCACCUUCAUUGAAAAUCCUCACUUAUUCGUGAUUCGGCCUGUGAAGACGGUGCCCUGCACGUCAAAGGUCACGGCAGCUGUCUCUGAGCAGAGCCAAGAGUCAACACCAGGGGGCAGACACACCCUCAGGAGAACCCAUGGUUUGGAGACUUUCCCCAACGUCCUGCUGUUCAGGACGUGUUUGCCCUGCACAGCAACCGAUGUUUCCAGGCCCACGAGCAACGAGGCGUGUAAGACGCCGCGGGACAGACGGAGAAGCGACCUGCGUCUCGGUCCCUUCUCCUGCAGGUUGACCAGAGAACUGCCUGUGCUCACCGGUAUGACACACUCCACCCCCCCGGUGCUCUUCUCCCUGCUCGGCCUCCUCCUGGGGCUGCAGCUCGGAACAGCCUCGGCCCGCAGCCCCCGCCCGGCGGACCAGGUGUCCGAGGCCGACAUCCAGCGGCUCCUGCACGGCGUCAUGGAGCAGCUGGGCAUCGCCCGGCCCCGGGUGGAGUAUCCAGCCCACCAGGCCACCAACAUAGUCGGGCCCCAGAGCAUCCAGGGAGGUGCACACGAGGGGCUGCAGCACCUCGGCCCUUAUGGGAACAUCCCGAACAUUGUGGCUGAGCUGACGGGAGACAACAUUCCCAAAGACUUCACUGAAGACCACGGAUACCCGGACCCUCCAAACCCAUGUCCCCUGGGGAAGACAGACGGUUGUUUGGAAAACGCUCCGGACACGGCCGAGUUCAGCCGAGAGUUUCAGAAACACCAGCAUCUGUUUGACCCGGAGCACGACUACCCGGCUCUGGCCAAGUGGAACAAGGAACUUUUGUACCAGAAACUGAAGGGAGGACCCAAGAGAAGAAAAAGGAGUGUCAACCCAUAUUUAAUGGGCCAGAGGCUGAACAACGUUGUCGCCAAGAAAUCUGUUCCUAACUUCUCCGAGGAAGAGGAGGAGGAAGCACCGACCGCCUCCCCUGCCGCCAAAUCCACGACCUAA